CAACUCCCCCAAAUAAACUCCCCUCUCUCAAUUCACACACCACCACCGCACCAAAAUGUCCCUCCUAUCACGACAUCUCGAACAAAUCUCCCUCUCCUCCGAAUCCAUCGCCACCCUCCCUUUCCCCCCACCAAAGAUCUUCACCAACGCCCUCCUCUCAACACCAGACAUCACCUCCCUAAUCCGCGACACCGAACCCCACGAACGCGCCCUCUUCUCCGUGCCACCCGCGCCCCCCCCCUCGACCUCCACCACGCCCUAUCCUGACCCGAAAGCCAGCUCGCGGCGCCAAACCGUGUUCAACGUCGCGGGCGGCGAAGUCACGGCCGGGACGUCCGGGCCGGGGAAUCGGGCGCCGAGACGCAAUACGGCUGUGGCGGCGGUGCUGGGGCCGGAGCUGCAUAGCGAGGUGCGGAAGACGGAGGGGAAGGGGAAUGGGGAGCUGGAUAUUGAGGUGCUGUUGAGGGGUGCGGAGACGUUGAAUGGCGUGUACGCGGUUGCUGGGGUGGGGGAGAGGAUUGCGAGGGUGAGGGAAAGGUAUGCGGUUAUUGUGGGGAGUUUGGGGUUUUAUGAGGGGAAGGUGGAGAGGAUGACGAGGGAGUUGGAGGGGAUGAAUCGGAGUAGGGGGGGUGAGUGGGGUGGGGAUUAUGGGGAUCAGGAUGGUGAGGAGGGUGAGGAGCAGGUUGAGAUUACGGAGGAGGAUUUGAGGAGGGAGGAGGAGGAGAUUAGGGAGUUGGAGAGGAAGAAGAGGGAGUUGGAGGAGAGGGUUAAGGAGAUGGAGAAGGAUUUGGGUGGAUUGCUGCGGUGAUUUGCAGAGGGAAAGCAAGUAUCAUCGUCGAGCUCAAGCACUUUUGGCUGGCAAUCAGUAAUUGCAAGUCUCCGAGUUCUUACAGCGCCAUUCAAAGGCUUGCCUGGCAAAUCGUCGGGUAAGUUGAGUGUGGCAACCAAGAGGGUUAGCGACAUCAGAAGUGGCAAAGCAAGAAGGAUUGCUGUCGUGUUACUGGCAUUACCCAUGUAGUUGGUGUCGGCAUCACUCAUUUGUCUGCUCAAGAAGCAUGUUUUAUGUAGGCGUUUGAUACCCGGACUUGAAGAGCGAAAUCACAAUGAAGUAUCUG